AGUGUAAGAGGGAGGGCAGAAGGAAGAGGGUGAGAGAGAGAGAGAGAGAGAGAGAGAGAGAGAGAGAGAGAGAGAGAGAGAGAGAGAGAAAAAAGAAAGAGACAGAAAGAGUGACUGAAGUAGAGAAGGAGAGGGAGGAAGCUCGAGCUGUAGUUUAGCCUGAACUCUCUGCGAAGCUGCUGUCGACAGGAAAAGAAGUUUGACUCACGGCGACGCUGACUGAGCCGCUCGGUUGUUGUUAGCCACCAUCUGAAAGGCGUCCUGCAUCCCAAAAGCAGCUACCAUGUCAGACGCAGACAAGUUCCUGUACGUGGACCGCAAUCUGGUCAACAACCCCCUAGCACAGGCUGACUGGGCCUCCAAGAAGCUGGUAUGGGUGCCCUCAGAGCGCCUGGGCUUCGAGGCCGGCUCCGUGAAGGAGGAGCACGGCGAUGAGUGCGUGGUGGAGCUGGCAGAUUCCGGUAAGAAGGUCAGGGUGAACAAGGAUGACAUCCAGAAGAUGAACCCGCCCAAGUUCAGCAAGGUGGAGGACAUGGCCGAGCUCACCUGCCUGAACGAGGCGUCUGUGCUGCACAAUCUGAAGGAGAGAUACUACUCUGGUCUCAUAUAUACAUACUCUGGCCUCUUCUGUGUCGUCAUAAACCCCUACAAGAACCUGCCUAUCUACUCAGAGGAGAUUGUUGACAUGUACAAGGGCAAGAAGAGGCAUGAAAUGCCGCCUCAUAUCUAUGCCAUCACUGACACAUCUUACAGAAGCAUGAUGCAGGAUCGUGAGGACCAGUCCAUUCUUUGCACAGGAGAGUCUGGUGCUGGAAAGACAGAGAACACCAAAAAGGUGAUCCAAUAUCUGGCUCACGUGGCCUCCUCUCACAAGACCAAGAAAGACCAGAACAGCUCGGUCCUGUCACAUGGGGAGCUGGAGAAGCAACUGUUGCAGGCUAACCCCAUCCUUGAAGCCUUUGGAAAUGCCAAGACAGUCAAAAAUGACAACUCGUCCAGAUUUGGAAAAUUCAUCAGGAUCAACUUCGAUGUCAAUGGUUACAUUGUCGGUGCCAAUAUUGAAACCUACUUGUUGGAGAAAUCCCGUGCCAUUCGCCAGGCCAAAGAAGAGAGGACCUUUCAUGUCUUCUACUACUUGCUCACAGGGGCUGGAGACAGACUGCGCAAUGAACUCCUCCUUGAAAAUUACAACAACUACCGUUUCCUUUCCAACGGAAACGUCACAAUUCCGGGACAGCAGGACAAGGAUCUGUUCACAGAGACCAUGGAGGCCAUGAGGAUCAUGAGUAUCCCGGAGGAGGAGCAAAUAGGCAUGCUGAAGGUGGUGGCCUCUGUACUGCAGCUGGGGAACAUGAGCUUCAAGAAGGAGCGACACACAGACCAGGCCUCCAUGCCUGACAACACAGCUGCCCAGAAGGUGUGCCACCUCAUGGGCAUGAACGUCACAGACUUCACCAGGGCCAUCCUGUCGCCCAGGAUCAAGGUGGGCAGAGACUACGUCCAGAAGGCCCAGACCCAGGAGCAAGCAGAGUUUGCUGUGGAGGCCCUGGCCAAGGCCACAUAUGAGAGGAUGUUCCGCUGGCUCGUCAUGAGGAUCAACAAAGCGCUGGACAAGACCAAGAGACAGGGUGCCUCCUUCAUCGGCAUCUUGGAUAUCGCUGGCUUUGAGAUCUUUGAGCUGAACUCAUUUGAGCAGCUGUGUAUCAACUACACCAACGAGAAGCUGCAGCAGCUCUUCAACCACACCAUGUUCAUCCUGGAGCAGGAGGAGUACCAGAGGGAGGGCAUCGAGUGGAGCUUCAUCGACUUCGGCCUCGACCUGCAGCCCUGCAUCGACCUCAUUGAGAAACCUGCCAGCCCCCCUGGUAUUCUCGCUCUGCUGGAUGAGGAGUGCUGGUUUCCCAAGGCCACCGACAAGAGCUUUGUGGAGAAGGUGCUGCAGGAGCAGGGCACACACCCCAAGUUCUUUAAACCCAAGAAACUGAAGGAUGAGGCUGACUUCUGUAUCAUCCAUUAUGCCGGCAAGGUGGACUACAAGGCGGACGAAUGGCUGAUGAAGAACAUGGACCCCUUGAAUGACAACGUGGCUACACUGCUCAAUCAGUCCACUGACAAGUUUGUCUCUGAGCUCUGGAAGGACGUGGACCGCAUUGUGGGUCUGGAUAAGGUGUCUGGCAUGUCCGAGAUGCCCGGUGCCUUUAAGACCCGUAAGGGCAUGUUCCGCACAGUGGGCCAGCUGUACAAGGAGCAGCUGUCCAAGCUCAUGGCCACUUUGAGGAACACAAACCCCAACUUUGUUCGCUGCAUCAUCCCCAACCACGAGAAAAAGGCUGGUAAACUGGACCCCCACCUGGUUCUGGACCAGCUGAGGUGUAACGGUGUGCUGGAGGGGAUCCGUAUCUGCAGACAGGGCUUCCCCAACCGCAUCGUCUUCCAGGAGUUCAGACAGAGGUAUGAGAUCCUCACUCCCAACGCCAUCCCUAAGGGCUUCAUGGAUGGGAAGCAGGCCUGUGUGCUCAUGAUCAAAAGCCUGGAGCUGGAUCCAAACCUGUACCGCAUCGGCCAGAGUAAAGUUUUCUUCAGAGCCGGUGUCCUCGCACACCUGGAGGAGGAGAGGGACAUGAAGAUCACAGACAUCAUCAUCAGUUUCCAGGCCUGGUGCCGAGGCUACGUGGCGCGCAAGGCUUUUGCUAAGAGACAGCAGCAGCUGACUGCAAUGAAGGUGAUCCAAAGGAACUGUGCCGCUUAUCUUAAACUCAGGAACUGGCAGUGGUGGAGGCUCUUCACCAAGGUGAAGCCUCUGCUGCAAGUCAGCAGGCAGGAGGAGGAGAUGCAGGCCAAGGAUGAGGAGCUGACUAAAGUGAAGGAGAAGCAUCUGCAUGCUGAGCAGCAGCUCGUGGAGAUGGAGGAAAAGCAACAGCAGUUGAAUGCUGAGAAGAUGGCCCUACAGGAGCAGCUCCAAGCAGAAACAGAGCUCUGUGCCGAGGCUGAGGAGAUGAGAGCCCGCCUGGCUGCCAGGAAGCAGGAGCUGGAGGAGAUCCUGCACGACCUGGAGGCCCGUGUGGAGGAGGAGGAAGAGCGCGCCUCUCAGCUGACAUCAGAGAAAAAGAAGAUGCAGCAAAAUAUCGCUGACCUGGAGCAGCAGCUGGAUGAGGAGGAGGCAGCCAGACAGAAGCUCCAGCUGGAGAAGGUCACCUUGGAGGCCAAGAUGAAGAAGAUAGAAGAGGAUGUUAUGGUUCUAGAUGACCAGAAUAACAAACUAAACAAGGAGAAGAAGCUGUUGGAGGAGAGGAUCUCCGAGUUCACCACCAAUCUGGCAGAGGAAGAGGAGAAAUCCAAGAGCCUGCAAAAACUCAAGACCAAACACGAGGCCAUGAUCACAGACCUGGAGGACCGCCUGCGCAGGGAGGAGAAGCAGCGUCAGGAGCUGGAAAAGAACCGACGCAAACUUGAGGGUGACUUCACUGAGAUACACGACCAGAUUGCUGAGCUGCAGGCCCAGAUUGCUGAGCUCCGUGCUCAGCUAGCCAAGAAGGAGGAGGAGCUCCAGGCAGCUCUGGCCAGGAUCGAGGAGGAGGCAGCUCAGAAGAACCUGGCCCAGAAAAAGAUCCGUGAGAUGGAGGCUCAGCUCUCUGAACUGCAGGAGGAUUUGGAGCUGGAGAGGCAGGCCCGUACCAAGGCAGAGAAACACCGCAGGGACCUGGGAGAAGAGCUGGAGGCCCUCAAGACCGAGCUAGAGGACACUCUGGACUCCACCGCCGCCCAGCAAGAACUCAGGACCAAGCGUGAGACAGAGGUGGCACAGCUUAAAAAGACUCUGGAUGAAGAGGCCAAAGUCCAUGAACACCAGCUGGCUGAGAUGAGACAGAAACACGGUCAGGCCUUCGACGAGCUCAAUGAGCAGUUGGAGCAGGCUAAGAGGAACAAAGUAUCAAUGGAGAAGGCCAAGCAGGCUCUGGAGUCAGAGAGGAACGAACUGGCCAUUGAGAUGCAGACGCUGAUGCAGGGCAAAGGAGAAUCUGAGCAUCGCAGGAAGAAGGCUGAAGCCCAGGUCCAGGAGCUGCAGCUCAAACAUUCAGAGAGUGAGCGCCAGAGGAUGGAGCUGGCUGAGAAACUGGCCAAAGUGCAGACUGAGCUGGAUAACGUCAGCAGCGUGCUGAGUGAGGUGGAGGGCAAAUCCAUCAAGGCAGCCAAAGACUGCUCUGCUGUGGAGUCCCAGCUGCAGGAUGUUCAGGAGCUACUCCAGGAAGAGACACGCCAGAAGCUGUCACUGGGCACACGUCUGCGCCAGCUCGAGGACGAACAGAACAACCUGAGAGAACAGCUGGAGGAAGAAGAAUCAGCCAAGAGGAACGUGGAGAAGCAGCUACAAACAGUGCAGGCUCAGCUUGCUGAAAUGAAGAAGAGGGUCGAGCAGGACGCUGGGUGUCUGGAGACAGCUGAGGAGGCAAAGAAGAGGCUUCAAAGAGACCUGGAGGCAACAAACCAGCGCCUGGAUGAGAAAUGUGCUGCCUACGAUAAGAUGGACAAAACCAAGACACGUCUCCAGCAAGAGCUGGAUGACCUGCUGGUAGACCAGGACCACCUCCGACAGAUCGUCUCCAACCUGGAGAAGAAGCAGAAGAAGUUUGACCAGAUGCUGGCAGAGGAGAAGAGCAUCUCCGCCCGCUAUGCAGAGGAGCGUGACCGAGCUGAAGCUGAGGCCCGUGAGAAGGAGACCCGAGCACUGGCUCUAACCCGAGAGCUCGAGUCUCUGAUGGACAUAAAGGAAGAACUGGACCGCAACAGCAAACUGCUGCGGGCUGAAAUGGAGGACCUGGUAUCCUCUAAGGAUGACGCUGGCAAGAAUGUCCACGAGCUGGAAAAGGCGAAACGUGCAAUGGAGCAGCAGCUGGAAGAGAUGAAGACUCAGCUGGAGGAACUGGAGGACGAGCUGCAGGCCACGGAGGACGCCAAGCUGCGUUUGGAGGUCAACAUGCAGGCUAUGAAGGCCCAGUAUGAGAGAGACCUGGCAGGACGUGACGAGAUGGGCGAGGAGAAGAAGAGAGCUCUGGUCAAACAGGUGCGGGAGAUGGAGAUGGAGCUGGAGGAUGAGAGGAAGCAGCGUUCUGCGGCCGUGGCUGCACGCAAGAAGCUGGAGCUGGACCUGAAGGAGCUGGAGACAGGCAUCGACAUGGCCAACAAGAACCGUGACGAGGCCCUGAAACAGCUGAAGAAGCUCCAGGCCCAGAUGAAGGAUCUUGUCCGGGAGCUGGAUGACACUCGCAUGUCCAGAGAGGAGAUCCUCGCUCAGAGCAAGGAGACUGAGAAGAAGCUGAAGGGCAUGGAGGCCGACAUGAUCCAGAUGCAGGAGGAGUUGGCCGCUGCAGAGCGAGUGAAGAGACAGGCCCAGCAGGAGAGAGACGAGCUUCAGGAUGAGAUUAAUAACCAGGCCACUAAGAAUGCUCAGGUAGCCGAGGAGAGGAGACGGCUGGAGGCUCGUAUUGCUCAGCUGGAGGAGGAGCUGGAGGAGGAGCAGUGCAACACUGAGCUGAUCAACGACAGGCUGAAGAAAGCAAUGCUGCAGACUGACCAGAUGAAUGUGGAGCUGACAGCAGAGCGCAGUGCCUCUCAGCGUGUGGAAGGGGCUCGUGCCCAGCUCGAGCGUCAGAACAAGGAGCUGAAGCUGAAGCUGCAGGAGCUGGAAGGAACUGUCAAGUCCAAGUACAAGGCCAACAUGGCCGCCCUGGAGGCAAAGAUCGCUCAGCUGGAGGAACAGCUGGACAUGGAGACCAGGGAGAGGCAGGGUGCCACCAAGCUUGUGAGACGCACAGAGAAGAAACUGAAGGAAGUCAUCCUGCAGGUGGAUGACGAGAGACGCAACACAGAGCAGUACAAGGACCAGGUCGACAAGUUGAACUCUCGUAUGAAGCAGCUGAAGCGUCAGCUGGAGGAGGCUGAGGAAGAGGCUCAGAGAGCCAACGCCAACCGAAGGAAACUGCAGAGGGAGCUGGAGGAUGCCACAGAGUCUGCAGACGCCAUGAACCGUGAAGUCACCAGCCUCAAGAACAAGCUCAGGCGUGGUGACCUCCCCUUCACCGUGCGCCGCACUGUUCCCCGCCCCGGCAUCGAGAGCGACGAGGAGAGCGAGCCCAAGAGCGAGACCCCCGAGCCCAAGCCUGAAUGAACAGCCACCGUGCCACUCGACUCCUUAGAACUGCAUCAUAGAUAGACAGACCCAAAUCCACAUGAGCACACACAUUACUGAACCUGCUGAACAGAGAGGAACACAAAACAAACACAAACCGGUGACAGUCUGAUCUCUUUAACACUGACAAUCUAUGCAUUCUUAAUACACUUUCACACAUACAGAAGCCAGUAAACAGGGACAAUCACCAUGCUGACAAAUACACACAUUAUUUUGGGCCAAAUUUUUUUCUUUUUGCUUCAUUUUUCAUUCUCUGGGAAAAAUAAAAAAAAAAGAAAAUGAUAUUUUUAUAAGGAAACAUUCCAGUUAUGAUAGUCCUGAUUUAGGAUCUAUUUUUCUAAUUGAAGAAUGAGAAAACAAAGAAAGAAGUAUACAUAAAUGAAGACAGAUUACUGGAAGGGGACCAAAGUAAUAACUCGAUCUAUAAUAUUGUAUUUUAUGCACAAGUUUUUAUAAUGGUUAAGAAUGGAAGUGCUUCAUGUUUAUUACGCUCGCGCUCUCGCCUCCGUUUAUAAUGAAGGUUUAUAUGCUGAAAUGUAUUCUAUCAGUUUAGCUGCAGUUAGCACUUGUGACUACGCUUUUGAGCUUAAUAAUUUGAUACACACAUUUCAUGUGGAAAAUAAAAUUUGAGGCAGAUUUCAAGUAACAAUUGGAAACUCAUUGAUGCGUACUGAAGGUAUUUGAUUGUGACUGUGCUGAAAUAUCUUAAUUUUGCACUGACAUGGUAAAAAAAAAAAAAAAAAAAAAAAAACACUUUAGCCUAGACAUCAUAAACCACUGCAGUUGUGUGUUUAGUUGAAACCGUGACGGAGAUGCUUGGAAGGUUUGGAGAGACUGCGUACAUGCUCAUCUAGCAGGCGCGCAGACUGCCAACACACACUAAGGCCUUACAAUGCAGCUGAAUUCUACUGGGCAGGGUUGUUGGCUUUUUUUUUUUUCUGGACAUGCAUUGAUUUUUAUUUUUAUCACUAUCAGUGUUUUGGUUAAUGUUCAGGGUAAAGUUUAAAUGGGGUGGUGGGGUAGAUUAAUACUUACAGCGCACACUGUAUUCUCUGGGCAUAGCUUGUUGAGGGAGGAGUAGCUGAGGUUGUUUCAAACCAAAGGCAGAUUCAGGAGGUAGGAACAUACUUUGUUACUCUGACCUGUGUACGCUUUACUCUGACUGGCCUACAGGGCUUCACAUAGACAUGGGGAGUUGAAAUGUGGCCAGGCAUUGAGUAGAUGUAUCAGAUGAGUAGUUGUAUAGAUAUACAGACCCCUCACAGGCUGUGCUCAGGGUUGGCUUUUGGCUCACACUGCUGGGAAGUGAGAGGAAUGUGUUACUUUAAGAAUAAAGGUUCACAAUUAAAAGGAUCACGUCUUUCGCACUUAAAAACAAAGGAAAUCCAAAAAAGAAGAAAAAACUGCAUCUCCUCAAUUCUUUUGUAAUGUUUGUCUGUCUGCACCUCUGGAAUGGAAAAUCAUGUUGUGAAAUGUUGGUAUUAUUGCAAUUAAAGAGGCUUUCUAAACUGCUA